AUGAAUGAAACGGGCUCGCGAUCUAGUGCCGGAAUGACUUCACCACGACAUCCAACGCACCAAGCCGUAAUGGAUAGACUGCGGCAACGUUUCAGCCAGUACCGAAAGCGGCACUAUGACUGCCAGAAACAAUAUGCGGAGUCACUGCCAGCUGUUCAGGACAUGGAGAGACAAGAAGCACUGAAUUUGCACAAACGUGCUUUAGAUAGCCGCAAUAGGAUGAUGAACAUGAACGGGAAGACAUCAAAACAAAAUGACGGCGAAGGCAAAGUAGAACAGCAACAAACAGCAAACGGAUUUGAAAAGUCAACUAAUGCUAUCUAUCAAAUACGCGAGGUACGUAGUUACUUUUUUGUGUAGUUGCAUGAUCGAUUUUUUAACAGAACAACACAUAUCAGCAUAUGUUUUGAUCGGCAUUCAUUAUGAUGACAUGAAUGCGUGGCUGUUGUUAACGGUAUCGUUCCAAUUGUUUAGGUUGUGUCUAGUGUAAAACACGCGCUCUACUUUCCAUAUUUCACACUAACCGUAGCUCAUUGUACUUAUCCUGCCAGCAGCAAAUCCUAUUGAAGAAGAGAAAACACGAACAGAAUAUGAACAGUACACAGAAUUCGUACGUGGAAUCGAAUGAUGACAACCUAGGAGGGGAGUACAUGAGCAAGCUCCAGAGACAUGAUGGUGUUUUGCAUGUUUCGUCGACAGAGGGACAAAAUACUGUCGUUUCGGUUAAUCAACCACACCGGAUAACACAUGCUCCAAGUCAAGUGCAUCAACCUAAUUUCAAUCCCAUUUCAAUCCACGAAACUGUCGGAACAGAAACGUACGCUCGUAGUGGAAGCCACAGAUUGCCGCUUGAUUUUAAGCGAGAGAAGGGUGCGAUCGAUUCUUGCGAUGAAUCCACGCAUUCUGAAAAUGGCCCGGGAACUGUUGUUAACGGUGAAGACUACAUACGACAAGAGCUUAUCCAUUUUGAAAACGUAAUUAAACGCUUUAAUGAAGACGCACCUGCCACGUCGCAAUCAAUGCACCAAAGUGUAGGUGACAGAGCUCCACUGAGUGGUAUCGAUGACAAAAAGAAGCACCCACAAUCUCUUCAAUUGAAAGAAAUUGCCAGGAAGUCACAGUUUGCUCAGGCUCAGCCUGUAAUGUCAUUUGGGGAAAGCCAAGAACGACCUAAACAACACUCUAGUCAGUAUCCUGUUGGCCCAACAGGCCAACAGUCCCCUGGUUUACGGCACCCCUACACAGCAGGUAAAUACCCUGAAGGUUUGUCAGUCAUUUCAAAUAAUCCGCGACAAUUACCUAGGCAGUAUCAAAUGGCUCUGUCAUCGCAGUCACCAUUACAACAACAACAACAACAACAGCAACCACAACCAUUUUAUGGUUUUCAACAGGACAGCUUACCAAAACUCACCCACAUGCCUUCACAAGUCCAACAGCUGUUCGCUCAUAAAUUUCAAAGUCAACCAGUUAUUUCAUCGUCAUCACAGGUGGCAGGAUUAAGAGGACCCGUUUCUUCACAUGACAUGACAAGAUACACCAUUCCUCGAUCACAAACACAAUAUCAGCGUCAAAAGUCAAUGCCACCAUUACAAAAUCAACCCUACUCAAACUCUGACUCACAGUACCAACAACAAGUUGGUAGUUACCAGGGAGACCUAUCUGGAUUUUCAGAUCAAACCAAUACUUACCAUUAUCAGCGGAGAAACUCUUUUCCAAUUUAUCAUCGUACAAAUAGCCAGCCACAAGAAAAUUUCUCACGUGGAAUGCAGCACACUUUGGGAUCUAAUCAAGCAAGUCUUCUAAGAGGUGUUUUACAAACUCCUUCCCAAAGUGUUGUAGAUGAUAGAGAUUCUUACUUGAUGAAUUCCAACAUGAGUUUUUCAUCAUCAUCUUCUCCACAAACAGUACCAUUGUUACCCAGAAGGACACCCUCUUCUAAUGGUGAUCUAAACACAGUAGCUCCUGGCUCACAACAUUCAUCAAUGAUGUAUAGAGGAAGUAUUCAACAACAACAGCAGUCUGAUUCAGUAUUACAACAGGGAAGUGAAUUUCAGACUUCUUCUGUGCCCCUCAGAGAAAUGACUGAGCGAUAUUCAUCUGUGACGGAGGGUGAUGCACAGUAUGGUGGGAUCCCGCCUCUAAGUUCACUUGAUAAAGCACCUUCAUUUACAUCUCUACUUGAACAGUCAGCCAUUAAUCAAGGGAAUCUAGAAACAACUUACACAGGAUCAAUACCUAACCUAGAUUUGCUUGGUGAACUCUUAGGUUAG